AUGGCCGGCAAGAAGAGGACUUCCCGCUCCGCCGAGUUGUCGGAGUCGGAGUCAGGCGAUGGCUCCGAUGGCGAUUGCGCCCCCGCCACUGUGCAGAAGUCGGUCAAGCCCAUGGAGAGGAGGAAGAAGAGGAAGGAGCUGGACAAGGCGAGGCAUUCGGUGGCGGCUGAGGGGGAGAAGCCUCCGAAGCCUAAAGCGGAGACCUUGGCAGUGCGUGGCGCCGGCGGCCAAGCUCUACCUAGUCCACAUGGCGGCGGCCUCCCCGUCCAUCUGUUCAUGGAGCUUACUUCCCUGGAGUCUUCGGUUAGGGAGGCGGCGGCGGAGGGGCUGGCUACUGAGCUGCGCAAGUCCCAGGAGGAGUUUGAGAGAUUCGGAUGGGAGCACCGAGAUAAUGGCACGGGGGCCGUACCCCUGGAGGCUGAGAAAAACGAUGGCCUGGAUAACUGCGCGCCUCCAGUUAGAUACGCCGUCCGGCGGCUAAUCCGUGGGCUCGCCUCUUCCAGAGAGGUAAGGUCUGAGGCUUUGAGUAAAAACCUCGGAGAAAGUGUUCUGUUAAUAUUCUUAAUCUAGUUGCUGGAAGCUUCCCCUGAGAAAGGAAUGACACAUUCUUUAGUUUUCGCUUCAGAGAAGCAUCUCUGUGUUGCAAUACUGAAUAUAUUUCUGAAAUGCGUGUUUCUGCGUGGCUAUUUAAGCUUUGAUAAUGUGGUUUUGGAACCUCUAACUCUUGGGGUUUGGGUGAUGAUUUCAUGUUCCUGUAUGUGCAGUGCGCUAGACAAGGAUUCGCAUUGGGAUUAACCGUUGUGGUCGGCUCGGUUCCUGCAAUCAGAGUGGAUUCAAUUAUGAAACUGGUAUUUCAAUUCCUCGAGGUCUCAUCGUCUAGGAAGGGUCAGGUUUGUACUCUCCUUCUAAGUUAUUCAGCAAAGGGUUCCACUUUGUUGCAGUUUGCGUGCAAUAACUAACUGUUUUCUCUUGUGUCCCUGUAGGAGGUUAGAGACAGCCUUAUUGGUCGUCUCUUUGCUUAUGGGGCUCUCGCUAGAUCUGGGAGAGUAGCUGCAGAAUGGGCUUCUCAGAAAAGCUCAACUAGCAUCAAGGAAAUCCUUGCCCAGGUUACCAUACUCGCUGGCAAGAAGCGCUAUUUGCGAGAACCUGCAGUUUCAGUCAUCCUGGAUUUGGUUGAGGAGGUAUGCCGUCUAUCUGUGUCUUGUUAGUUUAGGAUUAAUAGUGAGUUUACAUCUGAAGCAUCUUCAAACCCUCCCGUUGUUUUACUUGCUGCGAAUCUAAUCUUAAACCCUGUUCUUCUGGGUUCUUCUGCUUGUUAUGUCGUCUUUAACCUAGAAUAUCUGAUUAUAUAUACCAUUCUCUUUCUUCUGGUUUCGUAGCUUCCUGUGGAAGUUUUAUUGGAUCAAGUAAUCAAGAGUGAUGGCUUACGCGAAUGGUUUGAGAAAGCCCCUGAAGUGGGAGACCCCGAUGCAUUAUUGUUGGCCUUGAGGUUGCAAGAGAAAGUCCGCUCCAGAGGCUCAGUAUUUGGGAAGCUCCUGCCAUAUCCAUUCAGUGCAAACGUCUUCUUCUCUAGAGAGCAUCUCUCUCUUCUUUUACCCUGUUUUAAGGUAUUACUGGGUCCUUUCUCCUGAAGGCCUAUCCAAAAAAUAUUUUUAAACGUUUAUACUGUGAAAUUUAGUAAUCAAUGUCUUUCUUUGGCUAUUACUACGAUUGUAUGAUGUGAAAUUCUAAGCAUUCAGUUGUCUGUUGUUUUAUAUUAGGAAGCUUAAGGCGUAUGUAUGUUUUGAGUUUUCUCUUGCAGUACGUAAUUGAUGGAGGUUUUUUCUCCUUGAUCAGGAAUCGACUUUCUGCUUGCCUAGGGUCCACGGCAUAUGGCAUGUAUUGCUCAAUAUCCUCCUACCGGCUGUGGUGUCUCAUGAUGAGGAUUCUUCAUCACAUCCAAACUCGAGUAAGAAGCAGAAGAGGACACGGAAAUCAAACUCUUCUGAAGAAAUUGCUAAAAAUUUCCGUUGUUUCCAUGAGGUUGUUAUUGAGGGCUCCCUUCUUUUAUCUUCUCAUGAUCGGAAGCAUUUGGUGUUUGAUAUUCUUCUGCUUCUCCUUCCAAGGCUGCCAAAAAUAUUCAUUGAAGUCGUUCUUUCUCACAAACUUGUUCACUGCUUAAUGGAUAUCCUUUCUACAAAGAGCUCAUGGCUGUAUAGCGCAGCACAAAAAUUUAUGGGAGAAUUAGUGAGCUGGGUUGGGAAUGAUGAUGAUCGGCGUGUUGCAGUCAUAUUAUCCAUUGCGAAGCACAGCAAUUGUAGAUUUGAUUGCAUUACACAGACCAACACAGUCAGGGGGUUGAUCUCAAGAUUUCACACCUGCUCUGGCCGAGUGCUUCUCGUUCAGAACUUGAUGAGCUUGUUUGUGGAUGAAAGUGGACUCGCAGAUGAACCUUCAGACGCCAGCCAGACCACUGAUGAAAAUUCAGAAAGGGACUCCCCAGAGGGCAAGGAUCCAGCAGGAAUCCUGGGCAAUACAGAUUUUCUGAAGAAUUGGAUUAUAGAUUCCUUGCCCCGGGUUUUGAAGACUCUGAAAAUCAACCCUGUAUCAAAUCCUUCUGAUCCUGAGGAAGCUGUGAAGCUUGUCGAAGCAAAGUUUCGGCUGCAAGCGGACAUCAUUAAGUUUCUGGCCGUUCAGGGCUUGUUUUCUGCAUCUCUGGGCACUGAAGUGACAUCUUUUGAACUCCAGGAGAAGUUUACAUGGCCUAAAGUUGCCACCUCCAGUUCCUUAUGCAGGUCCUGCAUUGAGCAACUCCAGUUAUUAAUUGAGGAUGCACAGAAAGGAGAUGAGUCGCGCUUAUUACCCAGUAGUCCCGAUUCUAACGACCUCGGAUCAUUCUUUAUGUGUUUCCUCAACACAAUGUGCAAUAUCCCAUCAGUUUCUCUUUCCCGGGCUCUGAGCAACGAAGACGAGAAGGCAUUCAAGAACCUGCUGGCCAUGGAGACCAGGCUUUAUCAGGAGGUAUUACUGAUAGCAGCAGUAGCAUCUUGACUUUAGCUUUUCCUGCCAAUGAUCAUCCUUUCUUUAAAUUCUUGUGGGGGGGGUUGAUCUCUCCAAAUUAGGCUCGCUCUGUGAGCACAAAGGAUCUCACCUCCUCUUGUGUUUGAUUCUGAUUUUAAAUCAUUGGUUUUGUUGGCGGAGGAAAUCCUCUGAGUUGGUUUCAUUUCUACUCAAAAGUCUCCGUUUAAUAUAUAAAAAAAAUGAAGAUUUGAAAUUUUAUAUUUCCCCUGAUUUUUCCAAAUUCAUUAUUCUCACACGUCUUCUUCGAACCAUUUUUUUGUCACAGGAACGGAGGAUUGGCCACGGCCUAGAAGCAAAUAAGUUGCAUGCGCUACGAUAUCUUCUCAUCCAACUACUGUUGCAACUUGUCCUCCGCCCACAAGAGUUUUCUGAUGCUGCAGCGGAGCUCAUCAUAUGCUGUAAAAAGGCUUUUCCUGGAGUGACCCAACUUGAAUCCGUUGAUGAGGAAGAAGAGAUAGAUGAUGAUGGCUCCCCAGAACUAAUGGACGUUCUCAUGGACACUUUGCUCUCGCUGGUACCUCAGUCUUCAAGUCCCAUGUGCUAUGCCAUCGAGCAGGUAACUCAUAAUCUGGCUCGUACCUGGUAAUAUCUAUUUGUAACAUUAUUUUAUAACGGCCGUUUUUGAAUGGUUAUCUACUUAAAAAUGAUUGCUCCUUUGUUAUUGCUAAAUUUCUAUUUUGGACCGUGGAAUCUCCUGGAGUAUUUUAAGUUAAUACUUAGUGAUUAUAGCUGCUUGUAGGUUCGGCAUGAUCAGUUCAUCUGUUUUGCUGUUCUUUUGUGCCAGGUUUUUAGGUUUUUUUGCGAUGAUAUUACUGAUGACGGGCUGCUCCGGAUUCUGCACAUAGUGAAGAAGGAUCUAAAACCCCCUCGCCGCCAGGUGGCUGAUGCUGAUGAUGAUGAUAGCGAUGAUGACGACGAGGACCUUUUUGGAAUUGAAGAUACAGAGGAGGCCAACGAGCCCAAGACCCUCGGAAGCGAGGAUAGUGACGAUGGUGUGGAUGAUUCUGAGGCAGUGACUGGUGCAAAGGCUGCCGAGGAGCACAAUGAAAAGGGGGAGGAGCCUUCAGCGCCUGAUGCCUAUGAAAGCGACAUGGAUGAUGACGCCAUGUUCCUCAUGGAUUCCUACAUUGCUCAACUUAUAAAAGAGCGGAGGGACUCUGCUGGGAGCGACACUGCCCAGUCCCAGCUCAACCUGUUCAAACUCCGAGUCUUAACCCUUUUGGAGAUAUACCUUCAAAGGAAUCCAGGUUAGGAACACGGUUUGAAUUGACGACCUUGCUCUUCCUUCAAAUCUGCAUUGAGCCUAGUGAUUUGAUUUUAAUGCGUUCGUUUCUCGUAAUCCAGGCAAUCCUCGGGUGGUGAUGGUGUACUCUUAUCUGAUCCAAGUCUUUGUAAAUUCCCACUCAUCUGACGGGAGGAAGCAGCUGGGAGAGAGGAUCAGGGGGAUUAUGCAGAAGAAAAUCUUCAGGGGGAAGGAGUGCCCAAAGGGAAGCGAAGUGGAGAUCUCCACUCUGGAGGCUCUGCUAGGGAAGAGCCUGAGACUCGCAUUCCGGUCCCGGAUUAAUGCGGUCUCCUUGGUGGCUGAAAAUGCUGCCUUCUGGCUCCUGAAGAUCAUAAACUCAGGUGGCUUCCCCCCUUCUGAGAUGGAGCAGGUGUUUGAGAUCCUGCGCCGCCUCCUCGACGACUACUUUGACAACAAGAAGUCCCGGGUGAAGUCCGUGUUCAUCAAGGAAGUCUUCCGCCGCCACCCCUGGGUCGCCCGCCAGCUCUUCGAUCUACUUUUGGAAAAGUGCAACGGGGCCAAGUCAGAGUUCAGACGCAUCGAGGCCCUCGAGCUGGUGGACUCUGCGGUGAAGUCGCUAGCCCUCUCCCAAAAGGGUGAUGCCAGGAACGAUGGUUCCAAGUUCUUGAAGAAGCAUGUGCCUUCGUUCUCCAGGCUCAUCUGCCAGCUGCUGAGCAGGUUCCCUGAGAAACAGUCUCGACGCGCUGAGGUCCGCCGGUUCUGCUGCAAGAUCCUGGACGCGUUGACUUCUCACAACCUCCUCAAGUCCUUCACCAAGCAGUUGACGCCAGAGGCAUACUCCACCUGUGAGUCUAAGCUGGGCAACCAGUUCCAUCUUUUGAAAAAGCCCGCCAAGUAG